AUGAUGAGCAGCAACAACAGCAACAGCAACAACACCGGCAACAACUACCCCCUGAAAGAAAACUGGGAUGUAGAAAUUGCUACAGUGGCACAACCUUUGCCCGGGUGGAAAGAAACAUCACCACCACCCCCACCACCAUGGUCUCCAGCGUGGCAAUGUGCCCGGUGCCAUGGGGGCCUGCCCGUCUAUGCCCAGGGUACAAGGGUACGGGAUGGAACUUUCGAGUGCGUCUACUGCGGGACCGUACUGAAAAGCUUGCAAUUACAUCUGACUGACCCCUCGAGUCAGCCACCCAUCCGACCACACCAGUCACCCAUCCAACCACCCCAGUCACCUAUCCGACCAUCCCAGUCACCCACCCAACAACCCCAGUCACCCAUCCCACCACCCCAGUCACCUAUCCGACAACCCCAGUCACCCAUCCGACCACCCCAGUCACCUAUCCGACCACCCCAGUCACCUAUCCGACAACCCCAGUCACCCACCCAACAACCCCAGUCACCCAUCCGACCACCCCAGUCACCCAUCCGACCACCCCAGUCACCUAUCCGACCACCCCAGUCAACCAUCCGACCACCCAAGUCACCCAUCCGACCACCCCAGUCACCCAUCCCACCACCCCAGUCACCUAUCCGACAACCCCAGUCACCUAUCCGACCAUCCCAGUCAACCAUCCGACCACCCAAGUCACCUAUCCGACCACCCAAGUCACCCAUCCGACCACCCCAGUCACCCAUCCGACCACCCCAGUCACCUAUCCGACCACCCCAGUCACCUAUCCGACCACCCAAGUCACCCAUCCAACCACCCCAGUCACCCAUCCGACCACCCCAGUCACCCAUCCGACCACCCCAGUCACCUAUCCGACCACCCAAGUCACCCAUCCGACCACCCAAGUCACCCAUCCGACCAGCCCAGUCACCCAUCCGACCACCCCAGUCACCCAGCCAACAGACCACGCCAGUUACCCAUCCGACCAGCCCAGUCACCCAUCCGACCACCCAAGUCACCCAGCUGACCGACCACCCCAGUCACCUAUCCGACCACCCCAGUCACCCAUCCGACCACCCCAGUCACCCAGCCAACAGACCACGCCAGUUACCCAUCCGACCAGCCCAGUCACCCAUCCGACCACCCCAGUCACCCAGCUAA